AUGGCCGCCUCGUCGUCGAAAAGCUCGCUGAGCGUCUCUUCGCUAGCCUCCAUCGGUGCCGUUGCCGCCAUGCUCUCUCCAUGGGGCUUGUCGACCCUCAAAGCGUUGCUGCUGGAGCCCAUUCGAGUGAACCCUCCGGUCUGGCUUCGUGUCCUAUUUGGUCUUCUGGUAGUCGCCAACAUUCGAUCUACGCCGCUCCUUUGGCACAUUCGCGUGUGGUACCCGGCUAUCAAAGCCAUCGUUUGUGCUCGUGCUUGGUUCUUGACCCCCAAAUCGCAGGCUCUUUCUCACAAGGCAAUUCAACCGCAGCUCAGGCUGGAAACGCUCCCGAUCGGCAAGGACAUCUUCGAAGACCUGUCCUCGCACAGCUUCCUCGCCACGCUCGAUGAGUGCGACUGGAACGGCCAUCUUUCCAACUCUUCCUAUUCUCGCUCGCUCGACUGCGCCCGGAUGACGCACAACAUCCCUCGAUUCAUCAAGAUGUUCUCUGAUGGUGGCUGGGUCGCUCUCGGUGGGUCUGGAUUCAACUUCCACCGAGAGAUCCCUAUGCUGGCUCGUUACACGAUUCGCAUGAGCGUUGAGGCGUGGGAUGACAAGUGGCUUUAUCUUGUCGGUCGAUUCGUCUCUCCUGCCAAAGCAUCUAGCAAAAAGCCUGCUGCCGCUGCUUGCUCUGCAUCCACAGACGCAAUCACUGAAAGGCUUCUGCCCGGCGAGAUGCUCUAUUGCACCUCCACUUCUCGCUACGUCUGCAAAGCUGGUCGCCGCACCAUCCCUCCAUGGCUCAUGAUCGCCGCCUCUGGCUACGGGACUACAUCUUGCAACUGGGAGAAAGCCGAGAAGCUGCGUGUCUACUACCUCGAAAAGGAGCGAAAGGCGUACCUUGAAAAGACAGGCAAGAAGAGCAUUUCAGCCAAAGCCGACGCCAAGCUCAGAAAGAAGGCUGCUUUGCUCCGCCAAUACCGCUUGCAAGCCGAAAGGCAGGGCACCGAAGAGGAGGCCUGGAUGGACAAGAGCUACUGGGAUUUGGAAGAGUGGGAGACAAGGCGCAAGCAAGGUUUGCAACGUCUUCUUACUAGCGUCGGUGUCUUGCCCCCUCUUGAGAAGUAG